AAGUCGAAUGAAAACGUAAGUUACCGGCCGCGCAGGUCAAUUCCAAUUCACCGGACGCGCUGUAAACAAACCAGAGUUGCGAGCUAAGCUUAACGCGUUCUGCCCUUCGGAUCCGAAAGUUGGAGGAGGGCGAGGAGGAGGAGAGCGCGGAGGCGAGGCCUGCGCGGUUUCCCCUGCGGCGCCGGCAGCGGGGGAGGCGAUGGCGCACGAGCGGGGCGGCGCGGCAUCCACCCCUGCGGCGGCACCAACCUCCGAGGAGGACGCGCUGUUCAUUGAUUUACUACAUGAAGCCCCCCUGUCCGGUCAUCGUGAACCUAGAAGCAUAGUUGGUGGCACCUUGUACUGUAUCUUGUUGGUAGGUCUUGCUUCUGUUGCCAUUUCAGCUCCAUGGAUAUUUCUCUUUGCACCAGACAUGAUCUCUCCAUUGCUAUGCAGCUCCAAUGUUAUCCUUCUAGUUCUUACAGGCAUUUUUCAACAAUACUGGGUUCACCAGGUCAGGAAAGUGAGAUUGCAGGGCUAUUAUGAGUUCAGCCAGAAACUGAAGCAUAUUGCUCGACUUCCAUUUGCUACCAUUGCUAGCGGGACUGCUCUGAUGCUCUUAAUCAUGGUCUGGCAACCUCUUGUACACAUUCUAUCAGUCUCGCUGCUGCUGAGGAUUGCUAUUGUUGUUGAAGUCACGUGUACUGGCUGUUUUAUGGGCUUAUACAUAUGGCAUAUCCACAGAUACAACUCUUUGGAUGGUCAGCCUGAUAUUCUGCGGUCAUUAUAUUCUGCACUCCAGCCAUCUAAUACUUUUGAAGAUCAAAGGUAUUAUGAUGCCCGUCUUUCUGAUCAGCAGAUGGCAUUACUUCAGUACCAAAGGGAGAAUAUUCAUUAUCUGAGUGAGGAGGUCCUCCGCUUGCAAGAAUGCUUAAGCAAAUACCAGAGAACUGAUGCUGGGACAACUCCUCAGGUUGAUCUUGCCCAUCUUUUAGCAUCUCGUGAUCAAGAACUUCGAGCCCUUACCGCCGAGAUGAAUCAAGUGCAUUCUGAGCUUCAACUUGCCCGUGGUUUGAUUGAUGAAAAGGACUCAGAGAUCCAGCGUAUUCGUGUGAGCAACAACCAAUAUGUCGAAGAAAAUGAUAGACUCAGAGCUAUUCUUGGUGAAUGGAGUGCUCGAGCAGCAAAGCUUGAACGAGCGUUGGAGGCUGAGCGAGCAUCAAAUGUUGAAUUGCGGAAGAAUGUUGCAAAGUUGAGAGGUCGUUUGUACAGAGAGCAGGAGGCCUGAUUCCCCUUUUCUAGGAGCAUGUACAUGUUGGGUAUAUUCUAGCUAGUUCCAGAAUUGAGAAUUUUACCUAGGCAGCUGACUAAAGUUAAUCAUCUCAUGGAACACGAGAAUUCCAGAUGAUCAACCCAAGUUUUUGAUAGAGGAGCAACUGUCUAGAUUCGUUCGAAUUGAAUCUGAUUACAAGAUGGGCACAAUAUUAUGUAUAUGCAUCGGGGAGAAGGUGAAAGGAUUUCUUGUGAUUUGUCGAAUGCAUAGUUUGAUCAGAUGUAAAGGUCUUCAUAGGUUUGAUUAUGUGGAGUAUGGUAUUCCUGUGGUUAGAGACUGCUGGGUUUGUUAUGUGGUUGUGUUUGCUCCUACGAAUCUUGAGACAACGGUGGAGUUGCAUUGACUGAGUUGUUA